GAGGAGGAAACAGGAGAGAGCUAGCGGAAGGGCGAGCUGCAUUUUAAACAUCCACUUGUAUUCGCGUCACGUCGGCACUUCCCUCAGACUCUCGAACAGCCCGAGUGAAGGCAGCCCGGGCAAAUGCACAACACUUUAUACUCCUUCCACUAAAAUCAUCUGCCGACGUCGUUACACUUCGAGGAGGUCCCACGCGGCAACCCCACUUCAAACGAUUAAAAAAAAAACCAACAAGGAUGUUCUGGAUCGCCUUUCUAAGCACAAUAACUUUAGGAUGGAGUACGUCGAUUCGGUUGCUGGAGGAGGAUUCCAGAGACUUGGAGGAACCCUGCAUGGAGCCGUGUUAUUGCGAAGAGAGGGAGAGUUUUUUACACGUCCACUGUGAAAGCAAAGGUUUUACAAACGUAAGCCAGGUCACCGAGUCGUGGAGAAGACCGUUUAAGAUCUACCUGCAACGGAACUCAAUGAGGAAGCUCUAUGCGAACGGGUUCCUUCUCUUAACCAACGCAGUGUCCAUUAACCUGGGCAACAACGCUCUGCAGGACAUCCAGGCGGGUGCCUUUAACGGCAUGAGGCUCCUGAAGCGUCUGUACUUGCACGAGAACAAGCUGGAGGUUUUCAGGAACGACACCUUCUUGGGAUUGGAGAGCUUGGAGUAUCUGCAGGCCGAUUACAACGUCCUCAAGAGGAUUGACGGAGGCGCGUUUAGGAACUUCAACCGUCUGAAGGUGUUGAUUAUCAACGACAACCUGAUCCCUGUGCUCCCUUUCAAUCUCUUCAGGAUGGUGUCCUUGACCCACAUGGAUCUUCGGGGCAAUCGGUUGAAGACGCUGUCUUAUGCCGGGACGCUGCAAUAUAUUGGCCGGAACCUCAUGGAGAUUCAAUUGGAGGAGAACCCAUGGAACUGCACAUGUGAUAUUCUGCCGCUGAAGACUUGGUUGGAGAGCAUACCGUACACGGUUCUGGUGGGGGAAAUUACUUGCGAGACUCCAUUCCAUCUCCAUGGCAAGGACCUGAGAGAGAUCAGGAGCAGUGAGCUGUGCCCACUUCUGUCUCACGCCGAAGUGGAGGUCAGUCUGGGCGUCCCACAGCUGGCUUCCAGCAACGACAACGUGUGGCCUACUAAACCUUCUUCCAUGUCCCUGUCCGUGACCUACACGGCGUCUUCGGUUGAAUACAAGACAUCAGGUAGAUCGCCCAAAUCAACCAAGACGCCCAAGACUUUAAAAGCACAGCCGACCCUCCGCAGCGUUUAUUCUGGGCCCAAUCAGCCCGUCGUAGCGGGAUAUCAGACUAGACCACCCAUCCCCAUCAUUUGCCCGGCCAAAUGCUCCUGCAGUCUGCACAUAAACGACUUGGGCUUGACGGUGCAGUGCAAAACCAAAGGGAUUGAGAACAUGUCUGAACUAAUCCCACGGCCAUUGAACGCCAGGAAGUUGUACUUGACGGGGAACCUGAUUCAAAAGAUAUAUAGGUCUGAUUUCUGGAAUUUCUCCAGUUUGGAUCUCUUGCACUUGGGAAGCAAUGGUAUUUCUUACAUCCAAGAUGGUGCUUUCAUGAAUCUUCCAAAUUUAAAGAUCCUGUACCUGAACAACAACACAAUCGAGCGCCUCAGCCCGGGUAUGUUCAGAGGCCUACAGAAUUUGCAAUACUUGUAUUUUGAAUACAACAUUAUAAGCGACAUCCAGCCCGCGGCGUUCAGCUUGAUGCCCAAUCUCCAGCUGUUGUUCCUCAACAACAAUCGGCUGCGGACCCUUCCGUCCGAUGCUUUCACGGGCACUUCUCUGGCCCGUCUGAGCUUGAGGAGCAACCACUUCCUCUACCUGCCCGUGAGCGGGGUGCUCGAACACCUGGACUCCAUCGUGCAGAUCGACCUCAACGACAAUCCUUGGGAUUGCUCCUGCGACCUGAUGGCCCUCAAGCAGUGGGUGGAGAAGAUCAGCACUGUCAUCAUGGUCGGCGACGUGUUCUGCAAGACGCCGGGGUUCCUCGACGGCAAAGAUCUCAAGAAGGUGGACUACGAGAUACUGUGCCCAGAUUUGAAGCACGCCGCCGCUUCCCCGGCGCUCCCCGGCUCGGCUCGCAAUGGGAACGUGAUAUCGACAGCGUCUGGCUUCGGGUUCACUUCGCAAGGUGGCGCUAUCCCUCUUUCCGUCCUCAUUUUGAGCCUGCUGAUUAUUUUCAUUUCCGCCGUGUUUAUUGCAGCUGGACUCUUCGCCUUUGUGCUCAGGAGGCGCAAGAAAUCGCCCUCCUGUCGGCGGCAGGACGUGGAUUUGACUGGCAUGCAAAUGCAGUGCAGGAUCUUCGAGGAGCGGGCUGCCAACUCGCCCGAGAAGGCAGCCAGCCACGUCUACGACUACAUCCCCCACCCGGUCACUCAAAUGUGCAAUAACCCCAUCUAUAAACCGCGGGAGGGGGAAAUGGAGGCGGAAUUUGCGGAGACUCAGGAAAUCGACGCCAAUUACAAAACUCUGGAGAAAGACAAGGCGUGGAAAAUGUCGCUGUCCAACAGCAACCUUAACACGAUAGUGACAAUUAACCAGACGAACGAUUUUGCCAACUUCCCAGACAAUGGGGUGAUUUACCCCAGCGUGUUGGACAGAGAGAGGGCGGCUCACACCGUUGGUUUUGUAGACUGCAUCUACGGCACCGUGCCCAAGUUAAAAGAGCUGCAUGUUCACCCGCCAGGCAUGCAGUAUCCCGAUUUACAACAAGACGCCAGGUUUAAAGAAUCCAUUCUAUGUGGUUCCUCUGGCCGAGGUUAUCCAGACCAACCCCAAAGCGAAUACCUCGAUUUAAGGGCCAAACUUCAAACCAAGCCAGACUACCUCGAAGUCUUAGAGAAGUCGACGUAUCGAUUUUAGUCACCACCUCCACAGAAAACGACCCCCCCCCCCCCCCCCACCCCCC